UGGCAUUCUUACACCUUGCAUAUCUGUACUAUCGGCAGUGGGAGGUCUUAAAGUCGCUAUACCUAGCCUUACAGACGAUGCAAUAAUGUGGAUUUCAGUGGUGAUUUUGAUUUUCUUAUUCCAACUUCAAAGAUUUGGAACACAUAAAGUUGGGUAUAGUUUCGCUCCAAUUCUUGUACUAUGGUUUCUUCUGAUUGGAAUUAUUGGGAUUUUCAACUUCUCGAAGUAUGAUCCUGGUGUAAUCAAAGCUCUUAAUCCAUGGUGUAUUAUACAGUAUUUUCAAAGGAAUAAAAAAGAAGCCUGGAUUUCUCUUGGAGGUGUCGUUUUGUGCCUUACAGGUUCACAAGCAUUUUUUGAUGAUUUGGGCCAUUUCAAUAUUCGCUCAAUACAAUUAAGCAGUAGUGUUGUGCUGGUUCCCUCCGUAUUGCUUGCUUAUCUUGGCCAAUGUUCCUAUCUUCGCAAACAUAAUGCUGAUUUUGCCUCCGCCUUUUAUAGCUCAAUUCCAAAAGCAUUGUAUUGGCCACAGUUUGUUCUAGCUAUAUUGGCAGCCAUUAUUGCUAGUCAAUCAUUAAUCUCAGGUUCCUUCUCCAUUGUCCAACAAUCUGUAGCACUUGGUUGUUUCCCUCGAGUCAAGAUUGUGCACACAUCUUCAAAAUAUGAGGGACAAGUUUAUGUGCCUGAGAUCAACACUCUUCUAAUGAUUGCCUGUGUAUUAGUCACUUUUGGCUUCAAAAACACUGUUCAAAUAGGCAAUGCAUAUGGAAUUGCUGUGACAUUUGUUUUCGUAAUUACAUCUGCAUUACUUGUUCUCAUUAUGGUUAUGAUAUGGAAGACAAAUAUAAUUAUCAUAAUCUUCUAUAUAUUAACAAUAAGUUCAAUAGAGUUGCUAUUUUUGAGUUCUACACUAUACAAGUUUGUCGAUGGAGGAUACCUUCCUCUAUUAUUUGCAUUCGUUGUGGUCUCUAUUAUGUUCAUAUGGAAUUAUGGCUACAGGAAAAAGUACAUGUACGAGCUUGAAAAUAAGAUUGAAGUAGAAAAGCUUACUGAUAUAAUCUCCAAUACAAGGAUCCAUCGGAUUGAAGGUCUUGGUUUAUUCUAUACUCAGCUUGUUCAAGGCAUAUCUCCUAUAUUCCCUCGUUAUGUGUCAAGCGUUCAAGCUUUACAUUCAGUUCUCGUAUUUGUUUCCAUUAAGUUUCUGCAUAUUAGCAAAGUUCCUGCAGAGGAAAGGUUUCUGUUUCAAAGAGUAAAGCCAGGAGAAUUAAUAUUUCGAUGUGUUGUGAGAUAUGGAUAUGCAGAUUCAAGAAAGGAUCAAGGGGCUCAGUUCGAGCAAAUGUUGGCUAAUCAGUUGAGGGAAUUUAUUCAAGAAGAUAAUAGCAAUAAUGAUAUGCAGAGGGAAAUGGCUUUGGUUGAUAAAGCUUUAACAGAUGGCAUCGUUUAUUUGAUGGGCGAAGGUGAAGUUAUGGCUGUAAAUGGCUCUAGUUGGUUUAAGAAAUUGAUUGUAGAUGAUCUCUACAAUUGUCUGAGCAGGAUUGUGAGACAACCUGAUGAAGUUUUCUUGAUUCCUCGCAAGCAAUUACUUAAAGUAUGCAUGACUUACGAGGUUUAAGAUGUUGAAGUCAGGUUCAAUCAAUUGCCUUUUACUGAUAUUAAAGUUGAGUUGGGGCUCAGAAGUGUUAUUUAGAACCAUUUGCAUAUUUGUAAUGACAAAUUUAGAUUCCAGUAAACUUCUAAAACCAUACUGCAGGUUUCUAAUCUUUCUGUGUUAGAGCAUUUGAUUCUGCUUUUUGGUGGUCAUGUUGUCAUAUUACAGCAACAAAUUCGUGUUGGUAUGAUGCUGGAGAAAGUGUCUACUCCUUUGAGAUCAUCUAGGUGCAGGAUGACCUUUCUCAGAAUAGCAUACAUAAGAUCUGUCUCAUUUUCUUUUAGAAAAUGCUUAAUUUGGCUUGUUUAAUCUUCAAGCAUCUGAUAAAAUCUUCUCCUGAGAAUAGCAUACGAUCCUUCUCAUUUGUAAGAUUUUUUUUCCCUUGGAACAUGAAACUCCACGGGGUGCAAAUGAUUGAAGGCUUAGUGGAAAAAUCAUGGUUAUCUUUAA